CCAAAUUAUCUCACCAGAACAGUUAUCGAGGUGACUUUGAAUCUGACGUCAAACGACAACCAGUGCUGCGCAACACGUGAGACAGCGCUGCGUAAGCAAGCAGCCAGCAGGUGGACUUUACACCCGCAUUCACCUUUUCAAGUUUUAAUGAAAUGCCAUGGCCUCGCCAAAGCGACUAACCUACCUUUCUGGGGACUGUAUAUAUGUAUGUCUUCAAUGUCAGACUCAUUUGGCUAGCCAUGAAGACUUGAUCUCGAGAGCUUUUAUGGGAAGAACUUCAAGGGCGUACCUGUUUUGUGCUGCUGAAAACGUUGCAGUGGGCGCGAAAGAAGAUCGGCUCCUUAUUACGGGGCUUCACACAGUCGCGGAUAUCUCCUGCACUGUCUGUCGCACAGUAGUUGGCUGGAAAUAUCUUUUUGCCUUUGAGCAGAGCCAAAAGUACAAAGAGGGAACCUAUAUAAUUGAGAAAGCUCGAAUCGCAAAAGAGAACAAGGAGUUUUGGUAGUGAGCAAUAACCGGUAGCUGGAAAUAUAUAAAUAAUACGUCAUGAUGUACUAGCACUUAAAAGUCAGCGAGACCUAGGGC